GUUAUUUGUUGGGAUGGUUAGAGUAGUCCCAUCUUGUCAUCUGCUUCAUGCAAGUGCUUGUUUCAUAGGAUCAUUGUGACUCUGACAGGGUUCAAACUGUGAUUAUGCUAUUCUUGCACAAUGUCUUUAAGCCUUAUAGUGGUAGAGCAGUUUGUUGAGUUUUUCCAUGGCUAAUUGUGACUUGUAUUCCCAUUUCCACUGGAGUACUGGUUGGUGGUAGGACAGUUCCUGUCGUGAGUUUGUUUCAACUUGCAAGGAGCAUCAAUGUAAACCUUGAUGACCUCAUGAAUUAGAAAUCUGGAAGGAUUUGAAGAUGGUAAAUUCUGGUUCUUAGUGGUAACCCGCUGGCGCACUAGCAGUGAGUUGCUGGCACUGAUUUUACUUAGGAAGUUUCAGUAUUGAAGCCUCUUAAGGUGUCACUUGCCAGUUGAGCAGUUCCUUUCUUGCUGGUUUCUUUCAUAGAAAAAGGCAUCAUAAUAGGCCUAGAAUUCUUCUGAAUCGGGAUUUCACAUUUCUGUGCCGAUUUGAAUAGCCUAUGGAGGAAGAUCAGAUGCCGUGACCUUGAAGACAUUUUAAAAGGGAAGGGCCGGAUGAGAGUGAAAUGUCAGUGAUUUUUUAUCAGCAGUAGUCUUCUAUGCUGUUGGGAUGUACAUAAGGAUCAUUUAUACUCUGAUCUAACACCAGUAUUACAAAAUUAGUAUACAACAUUCAAAUAGGAUGAUGGUUCUGAUAGCUGCAUCCUAAUGUUGAUUUGGAGUUCUUUCCAUCAUGAACACUGCUGAUUACAUUCCUAUAAUUCCAAUAUGUGUAUACACUGCCAAACAAAUUAUUUUAGAACAUUCGGAUCUAUUACGUGUACCGUUAUUAUUUUUACUAUUUUUUACUAUUACUAGUACCUUUAUUAUUAUUGUUUUUUCAUCAUCUUUUUAGUUGGAUCUUGUGGGUUUCAUCUCUAGCCUACCCCAACUUGCUUGGGACAAAGGCUUUGUUGUUGUUGUUGUAUUCAGAUCUAUUAUGCAAGAGAUCGGCUCCUAUGUAGUUACUUACAUCAAUGUCUUGAAUUUGUCGUUGUUGCUUUGGCCAGAAAGAAUAUUUAUUCGCUUUUCACCUACUAGGGGAUUUUCUGAAUAUAUGACAAAUGGAGGCGAAUUGGAUCAACAACUCUGUGGGAAUAUUACAGCGGAGUUCAAUGAUUGCUCAAAACAAGUUCUUGAAAUUAUUUCCCUCCUCUCAAUGCCAAAAUUUGGUCGUAGUGAUCUUGCCGAUUUACUGAAGGGUGUUCAAGCACAUGAAAAAGAGAAGUUGCAUUUGACAGCGAAAAUUCAGGUGUUGAAGAAAGCUGGCCGCCCUUCGGAACGCCUGGUGAACCAUGAGCAUUGCAGGUCACACAACAUGGCCCAACAUGUGUGUGUACACGUCAAGGAAACAACGGAGGCUGCUGGCACAGAGGAUGCCGAGGCAGACGUGGAGUAUGACGGCGCCCUCAAGGAAGCCAUACAGGGCGUGCAAGAGGCAGUGACCAGCAUAAACGAGCAUAUGGAGGAGGUACGCUAUGAGAUUGACCUGCUCGAUGCAGAAACGGUCGGUAGCAAGUGGAUGGAAGUUGAGGAAGCGUUCCUUGAUACCGUGUCUAUUAAAUAGAAGAGAUGUGGGUGCAAAAGACUGGAUAGUGUAUGGAAGAAAUUCGCUGCCAAAUAUUUUGGAGUUUGGACACUGUUCAGUACAACACUCCUGAUUACAGAGCCAGAAGAGAUACCAGAUUCUACCGUAGGUUAACUUAUGUUAUUCAUGUUCCUUCUAAACUGAAUGAAACUCGAAUUCUUCUACUAAUGAUGAAACGCUUUUGCUGUUUA